UUUUUUUUCACUUACGACUUGGUGGAGAUGCCAAACGUCUUUUCAAAGCUAGCCACCUCACCUUGGAGGCAGGCUCUGAAACAGUUUUUGAAGCAGUUUCUGGCGAGUUAUACCAACCACAGAACCACCAUUCGCCGAUCGAUCAUCCUCUUCUUCUUUCUUCGUUCCGCUCUUAAUGUCCAUCGCACUAUCCAAAAGUUCAAGAAGGAACAAAAGAAGCCUAGAAAGAUUCAGUCUCUAGACGAAGAGGCUAUGAAGAAACGCAGAGUUGACGUUGAUGUUCAUUUCUUACGUCAACUCCACCGCGUAUUAAAAAUUGUUAUGCCUGGCGUAAGGUCCAAGGAAUUUUGGAUGCUUGUGGUUCAUUCUGGCUUCCUUGUCUUUAGAACUAUUCUAUCAGUAUACAUUGCCUCUUUGGAUGGUCGUAUUGUCAGCGCACUUGUGCGCGGUCAAAUGAGAGAGUUUAUGCUCGGUAUUGUCUGGUGGAUGACUGUGGCCAUACCUGCCACUUACACCAACAGCAUGCUUACAUAUAUGCAAAGCAAACUCUCAAUCCAGUUCCGCACUCGUCUGACCAGACACAUCCACGAUGACUACCUUAGUGACAUGACAUUCUACGCUGUUGGUAAUCUUGACGACAGAAUCAAGAAUGCCGAUCAGUGCAUUACUGUUGACACCAACAAGUUCUCCCAAUCACUAUCCGAGCUUUACUCCAACCUGGCCAAGCCAAUCCUGGAUGUGUUCAUCUACAACUACCAGCUCACGCGUAAUGUUGGAUUCGAGGGUGUAUUUGUGGCCAGUUUUAUUGUCCAGCUGUCUUCGAUUGUGAUGCGCAAGUACACACCUUCGUUUGGUAAGAUGGUCGCCGAAGAACAGCGCCUGGAAGGUGAAUUCCGCUUCAGACAUUCGCGUGUGAUUGAGAACGCCGAGGAAAUUGCUCUUUUUGAAGGACAAAAGAUUGAAAAGAAUGUGCUGGAUACUGGAUAUUAUGCCCUCAUCAAGCACGUCAACCGCGUCUUCCGUCUGCGUAUUCCCCACGGAAUGCUAGAAGAUUUCAUUGUUAAGUACUUUUGGGGUGCCUGUGGUCUUGCUCUUUGCUCUGUUCCUGUCUUCUUCAAGGUCCCUGGUGUAGACCUUGGAAAUGUUGGUUCCCGUACUGAAGGAUUUGUUACCAACCGUCGUUUGCUGAUGAGCUCUUCGGAUGCUGUUGGCCGUAUUAUGUAUGCCUACAAGGAAAUUACUGAACUUGCAGGCUACACUAGUCGUGUGGUAGAUUUGUUGGAUGUAUUUGAAGAUGUCAAGGCUGGUCAGUUCCAGAAACGCCUGGUGUCUUCUGCCUCAACCGACUCCAAUGCAAAGUCGCUUUCUGGAAGAGGAAGUGUUGUAGAGAGCCAAAACAUCGAGUUUGUUGAGGUUCCAAUUGUCAGCCCCAAUGGCGAUGUUUUGAUUCCAAAACUUUCCUUCCACGUGAAACCAGGAAUGCAUCUUUUGAUCGUUGGUCCCAAUGGCUGUGGAAAAUCAUCCAUGUUCCGUAUCUUGGGUGGACUCUGGCCUGUCUAUGGUGGCACUGUCCACAAGCCUAGCCACAAGGACAUCUUUUAUAUUCCUCAAAGACCUUAUCUGUCCCUUGGUACCCUCAGAGACCAAAUUCUUUAUCCCCACACUGUUGAAGAAAUGCACGCAAGAAACAUCACUGAUGAUAUGCUCUUGGCUAUUCUGGAUGUGGUUCAGAUCAAGCACAUUGUUGAGAGAGAAGGUGGUUGGGACAGUGAAAAGGAAUGGGCUCUUGCACUUUCGGGUGGUGACAAACAACGUAUUGCCAUGGCUCGUCUGUUUUACCAUGCCCCUCGUUACGCUAUUCUUGAUGAAUGUACCAGUGCUGUAAGCAUGGAUAUUGAAAAGAUCAUGUACACUCAUGCUACAGACCUUGGCAUUUCGUUGUUGACUGUCUCCCAUCGUCCUUCCCUGUGGAAAUACCACAAUUACAUCCUCCAGUAUGAUGGUCAGGGUGGUUAUGUAUUUACCAAGUUGGACGCCGAGAAGAGACUGGCACUCCAGGAAGAAAAGAAUGCGAUUGAACAAAAGUUAUUGGAGGUACCCAAGUUGGAGGCUCGUCUGGAAGAGCUCCGUGAGAUCCAACAAGAGCAAUUGUAGACAUAUAAGUUACUGCUGCUACUACCACUACUACUAUUACUACUAUUACUAUAUAUCUUAUACGUAUAUACACACAUAUACACCUUGUAUAUCUCCUAUUUUCUUCUUAUAUUUCUUCUUCUUUUUAUAUCCACAAAGUUCAAUUAAAAAAAAAUUGAUCAAGUUUGAAC